AUGCCACCGCCCUCCCCCCUCCCAACCCACCUCUACAAAAUCCUCCCCACCGCACCUCCCUCCCCCUCCCCCUCCCUUCUCCCCUCCUCUCUCCCCCUCUCCCCCCUCGACCUCUCCUCCAACUACAUCCACCUCAGCACCGCCCACCAAGUCCCCCACGUCCUAUCCCGCUUCUUCCCAUCCACACCACACAUCUGGCUUCUGGUCCUACGAUACGCCGACUUAGCAGACAGGGGCCUCGAUGGGGAAGGCAAAGAGGGACAAGGGACGUUGAAGUGGGAGGAAGGGGAACCCGGUGAGUGGUUCCCGCAUUACUACGGUGCAUCGCUGGGAAAGGGGAAUGUGCUGGAGGUCAAGGAGGUGGUGAUGAGGCAGAAGGACAACGGGGAAGGCGAAGGGGGUUGGGAGGAGACGUUCAAGGGGGAGGAAGUCAAGUUGGAGUGGUAG